AUGUCAAUCUGCAGGCGAAAUGCGACAGCCACUUUCAGGGCUGCAUCUGCAAGCACAUCUGAAGCAAAGGCAGCUGCUUCCCCUGAAUCUGCUGCACCACCUCAGGAUGCGGCUGCAGAGCCCAAGAAGAAGGAGAAAGGGCAGGCAAACACCCCCAAAAAGGAGAUCAUUGCCACAGUAGACAUGCUGGACAUCCGCGUGGGGCAGAUAGUGAAGGUUGACCGGCAUCCAGACGCAGACAGCCUGUAUGUGGAAGAGAUCGACAUCGGCGAGGAGCAGCCACGGCAGAUUGUGUCUGGGCUUGUGGCCUUUGUCCCAGUGGAAGAGAUGUUGGGCAGGCGAGUGUUGGUGCUCGCCAACUUGAAGCCUGCCAAGCUUAGGGGCAUCCUGUCAUCCGGCAUGGUGCUGUGCGCUUCGAAUGAAGCCCAUGACAAAGUGGAGCCUGUUUUGGUACCAGAGGGAGUUGAAGUGGGCGAGAGGGUGAUGUUUGAAGGUUUUGAGGGGGCACCCGAGCCAGUCCUGAACCCCAAGAAGAAGCUCUGGGAGAAGAUCGCUCCCGAAUUAACCACAAAUGCAGAGGGCGUCGCGGUCUACAAGGACAUUCCCUUCAUGACCAGCAACGGGCCAAUCACAUCCAGCCUUGCAAAUGCCAGUGUCAGAUGA